AUGCAGUUGGGGUUACCAAUCGACGGUGAGCCGGUGAGCGGCACUCUAAGGUCAUGGAGUAAGUUCCACCAGAGGGAUAUUUAUCAAUGGUGUGAAGAACUCCUCGAUGAAGUUUCUGAUGGACAUGUUGGGACCACGAAGUAUAACAUAAAAUUGAAGUGGCUCAAGAGUAGACUCCAACAGAUGCCUCUUGACUUUCCCGAGGAGGUCGUCGUACGGUACGCACGUUGUUACAUUAUGUACUUAUUGGGUGGUGUUUUACUUCUUGACCAAGCGAACAACACGAUUCACGUAUGUUAUCUUCCUUUCCUGGCCAACUAUGAUGCCAUUAGUACAUAUAGUUGGGGCAGCGCCGUGCUGUGUUGGUUGUAUAGAGCCAUCUACCUAGCAACUGAUUAUAACGUCGAGGGAAUGUCUAGCUGUCAUACAUUGCUGAUAUCUUGGAUAUACUUCAGGCUUUUUUUCUGGGCACCGGACGUGACGAGCCCAUACACGUUUCCGUGGGCGAGUAAGAGAGGAAAGAAUGACUACGCCGAGCAAUGCUUGCAAAGGCACCGUCUGAGGUUGGACACUCUGAAGGUGGAUGAGAUUCGUUUACCUUUGUAUGUGAUGCUUGGUUUUGGUAGUUUGUGUGGAUGUCGUACAGGGAUGAACGUAUUCUAUCCAGGGUGCCUGCGGAAUUUCUUGGAGCUCCGCAUGGUGAUUUCUAUACCGCGGUCGUGCCACUGA